UGACGUACUAUACAUGACUGAUAAACUAGUUCAGAAACAAAGACGUGAGCAUUUUCUAUUGUCAGACUUGAACACGAUAUGCCAGGUAAAUAAAUUACGAGGACUAUUAAACCGAUUAAAACAUGGUGCCAGGUAUCAUUUGGAUUUGGUUACUGGUCAAUGUCGAACAAAUAUAUACGCUGGAAUGCUAUAGCUGCACAAGUACCGACGUAAAUGCCAGUUGUAACAACACAGUUUCCUGUAAGGCACAGCAGUCUUGUUUUAAGGACGUAUCUACACACGUAACGGUACAUGGCUGUAUCGACAAUACGCAAUGUGAUCUGAACAACGGGGCAAGCAGCAUUGUCGGAAGAUCAGUCAAUGCCAGGGCAAACUGUCAUGAAUGUUGCUCAACAAACAUGUGUAAUGCUGGGUUGUGUACUCAUCCUGAACCUGCAACUUGUGAAAAUGAUGAAACAGUAGACUGUUCAAAGUUGAAUACAUUGUUUGGCGUGUGUAAUGAUAAACAUCACGCAAAAACCGUGUGCGCCAAAUUCUGUGGGCUUUGUAACAUGGCUGAUGGGAAUUGGGCGGCGUGGUCUAGUUGGUCAAAUUGUGACGUAACAUGCGGAAUUGGUGUCGACUCUCGAACGCGCACGUGUACCAACCCAGCACCAAGAGAUGGUGGAUAUGACUGUGUGGGAAACAGUACGGAACACCGCACAUGUCGACGAGAUGUGUGUCCAGUGAGUGGUGGGUGGAGUCAGUGGGGUAAUUGGGAGUCGUGCUCGGUCACCUGUGGUGUUGGUAUUCAGAAACGUCACAGGAGCUGUUCGAAUCCCUACCCAAGUGGUCUAGGACUUCACUGUUUCGGUGAGGCCUUAGAUGUGGAAAUAUGCAGGCCAGGUCCUUGCGCUGAUGGCGGCUGGACGGACUGGAGUACUUGGACAAAGUGCAGUGCAACUUGUGGAGGAGGUUUCGAGUCUCGAAAACGCACAUGUUCGAACCCUGUACCGUCAGCUCUCGGACGAUACUGUGAUGGAGAUUCUACAGAAAUAGUUUCCUGCAACACUGACGCGUGUGCUUCUUCGGGCGGACAAGCCAUUGCUUUUCAGAGUAAAGACUCGGUAGAUGAAACUGUGAAAUCCAAUCAGACGAUUGUCUUCGCUAAUACAUCGCUUAAUGAAGGAAAUGGCUAUGAUAACAAUACGGGAGUAUUUACCGCCCCUCGAGACGGGACUUACCUGUUCACCAUUCAGAUGUGUCUUUACGGGCAGAACUAUUUUCAUUGGGCAAUAAUGGCUAACGAUGCGGAGUUAAAGAAGGGAUACUUCGGAGACGGGAGCUACAACAAAUGCUACACAGCUGACGCUGUAGCACUGCUGAAAGCUGGAGACCAUGUUUCAGUCAAGAGCACCACUGGGUCUGCCAAACUACUGCAAGAUGGUGAUAAAUGGAACACGUUUACAGGCGUGCUCUUAAAUUAAUUAGUGAUUUGUGCUUUGUUUUAUUAGAUUGGCAAGUAACAGUUGGUGUCCUGUGAUAA